GCGAAUAUCGACGAGUCACUCCGAUAAAAAAAAAAUGUAUAUGUUAAUAAUAUUAUUCCUUUUUAUUUUUAUUUUGAGAUAUUAUCUAAAUAAUACAUUUUUAAACUAUGGAACCUUCGACGUCAGAAAUUGAAGAAGUCAGUAUCGAUUGGAGCCAAGUGAAACAACGAUUUGAGUUCGAGGGGGUUAUUACCGAAGAAUUUUUGGAAAAUCGCACUUGGAUAUACGAACCACACGGACGCCUGGACCACCAACUCUUGUUGGUCAAAAUUGUCGAUGCCAGAAUUUAUUGUUAUCUUGCUGUUGUACUGCAUGUCUAUGAACAACAAUUAUUCACGUUCGACGAACAGGCGCUUACACGCAUCCAAGAUCGUAUUAAUAAAGUUAUCCUUGUAGCAUUGAAUUUAGUGGCGUACAAAGAUUUUCUUAUGCUUAUUUCAUCAGAACUUAUGUUUGGAAAUAUGAGUGACGUCGAUCAUACAAAUGACAUUUUAGCAAAAGUCCGGACAAAGGCCAACGGAACGCUAAACGAACUAAAUGGUGCCAGCACAAAUGAAAUCGAUCGGCUCAGUUUUAACUUUGACGAAAACCAACUAUCAACCAACGAUAUGAUUAUGAAAAUCAUCAAAGAUUUCGAAGACUAUUUAAAAGAAUUAAAACGUUUCUUGCCGUUUGAUUAUAAUGUGCUUUUGAAUUUUAUAGGCAUGUCUCCGUAUUCUAGUCUUUUUAUCCGUUCUAGACUAUCUUAAUU